AGGAGACUCGGGGCUAGGGUCGCGGAGGGAGUCGGGGAGUCUCAGGUUCUUGGUAGCGUGUGGUAAUUGAGCGGGGUUUGCUUGUCCUGCCGGGGGCUUCCGGGACAGGGCUGGCUUCUAGGGGUUUUGUAUUUGUUUUUCAAAGGGGAGAAGGUGUAAGGAGGGAAGAGAAUGACAGAAUACUGACUGGAACGCUAAUUGGAGAUUUUCAAAUGGGAAGAGCAGAAUAAUUCCAUAUUCUUCCUUCAGUUGCUCCAUUAGGCAGGCUGACUUCUAUUUUUAAUUCUCAACUUUGAAAUCAGCCAGUGUAUUUGGCAGAUAUUGACCUAAUUUAGGGGUUAGAGUUUGAGCCAAUUUAAAUGCAUUUUACUUAGGGCCCACAAUACAACCACUGUUUACGAUGGAACUUCUGCUGAAAACCUGUGUACUUAGAAGAAAUGCAUGUACUGCGGUUUGUUUCUGGAGAAGCCAUGCUGUACAAAAGCCUUCAGUUAAAAAGAUUAGUACUACCUCUCCAAGGAGCACCGUCAUGCCCGCUUGGGUGAUAGAUAAAUACGGAAAGAACGAGGUGCUUCGAUUUACUCAGAACAUGAUGAUACCUGUCAUACACUAUCCAAAUGAAGUUAUUAUCAAAGUUCACGCCGCGAGUGUAAAUCCUAUAGAUGUUAAUAUGAGAAGUGGUUAUGGAGCUACGGCUUUAAAUAUGAAACGUGAUCCUCUACAUAUUAAAACCAAAGGAGAAGAAUUUCCCCUGACUCUGGGCCGGGACGUCUCUGGGGUGGUGAUGGAAUGUGGACUUGAUGUGAGGUACUUCAAGCCUGGAGAUGAGGUCUGGGCUGCAGUUCCUCCCUGGAAACAAGGCACUCUGUCAGAGUUUGUUGUAGUCAGUGGGAAUGAGGUCUCUCUGAAGCCCAAAUCACUCACUCAUACUCAAGCUGCCUCUUUGCCGUAUGUGGCUCUCACAGCCUGGUCUGCCAUACACAAGGUUGGCGGCCUGAAUGACAAGAAUUGCACAGGAAAACGUGUUUUAAUCUUGGGUGCUUCAGGUGGAGUUGGUACUUUUGCUAUACAGGUAAUGAAAGCGUGGGCUGCUCAUGUGACAGCAGUUUGCUCUCAGGAUGCCAGUGAACUUGUAAGGAAGCUCGGCGCAGAUGACGUAAUUGAUUACAGAUCUGGAAAUAUGGAAGAGCAGUUGAAAUCUUUAAAACCGUUUGAUUUCAUUCUUGAUAAUGUUGGUGGAUCCACUGAAACGUGGGCUCUAAAUUUUCUCAAGAAAUGGUCAGGAGCCACAUAUGUGACUUUGGUGACUCCUUUUCUCCUGAACAUGGACCGAUUGGGCAUAGCAGACGGCAUGUUGCAGACAGGAGUCACCAUGGGUUCUAAGACGUUAAAGCAUUUUUGGCAAGGAGUCCAUUAUCGCUGGGCUUUUUUCAUGGCCAGCGGUCUAUAUCUAGAUGACAUCGCAAAACUGGUGGAUGAGGGAAAGAUUCAGCCAGUUAUUGAAAAAACCUUCCCUUUCUCUAAAGUUCCAGAAGCCUUCCUGAAGGUAGAAAGAGGACAUGCGAGAGGAAAGACUGUAAUUAAUGUCAUUUAAAUAAACUCUCAGUUUGGUGA